AUGGCGUCGUCAUCCUCACAGAACAAGCCCAGCGUGGGCAUUCUGUCCAUUGGCGAUAUGGGCAUGGGCGUUGGCCGGCUGCUCCGCCAUCACGACUACACCGUCCAGCACACACUCGACCGGAUCAAGUCGUCGCGGAUCACGACUCUAGCCUCGGACGAAGAACUGGUCGCCGAGGUCGACAUCCUCCUCAGCAUCGUGCCUCCACGGGACGCAGUGGCGACGGCGCGCCGGGCCCUCGAGGCGUGUCAGUCGGCGGCGGCCAUCCAACGCCGAGCGGAAGGCAAAGGCAGUGCAGCGCCGCGGCUGACCUACGUCGACUUGAAUGCCAUCAGCCCCCGGACGGCGCGAACCAUUGGCGCGCUCUUCAGCACUCCCAAAUCGCCCUCUUCGCCGGCCCAGCUCUCGAUCACGCGCUCGUUUUCGUUCCACCGAAGAGAGUCGGAGCUCGACCCGCAAGCCAUCUCGAUCGACUUCCUGGACGGAGGCAUUAUCGGGUCGCCGCCGGCUCUGCGGGAGGACAAGUCGUGGAAACGGCCGUCGAUCGUCAUCUCCGGCCCGAAGCACGACGAGCUUCUCGACGCAUCUCUGAGGGACGUGUUGAACGUCAGGAUUGUCGGCGAGGCCAUUGGCCCAGCGUCGGCCUUGAAGUCCUGCUUUGCCGCCCUCUCCAAGGGCACCAUCGCCCUGUCCAUCCUCUCCUUCACCACCGCCCAUACCUGCGGCGUGCUCCCAGCGCUCAAGGAGCACCUGGAAGAAUUCAACCCGGCCUUGCUGGCCUUUGCACGCGGUGGGCUGGCUUCCAUGCCGCCCAAAGCAUACCGCUGGGUCGACGAGAUGCGCCAGAUCAACGAAACCUUCAGUGUCGAAGGCGGCUUUAGCCCAGACAUCCUCGGCGACGGCCAUGGCGACGGCCAUCACCACCACCAUGCCGACGGGCCCGAUAUUACCGGCCAGGUCUUUGAGGGCAUUGCGGACGUGUAUAAGCUCAUUGCCGACGACACCGUGUUAGGAGAGGAGAAGACGGAGAAGCGCAAACGAGGAACCAAUCUGGACGACGUCGUCGAGUGUGUUCGUGAUGGCAUUGCCCGCAAGAAGAACAAGGCCGAAGGCGAGGGCGAGCUAGAUGCCACUUGGAGAGGUAAUUGGUCUUGA